GUUAGCUUUCUAAUUUUUUCUUUAUUUUUUUAUAUGUAGAACUAAGAAGAAAUACUCCGACAUUGAUAAUAAGAUUGAUCCCCCUAUGGACUUCAGUUUUAUUCAAAUUGAUGAGAAAAUGUGGUUUUACACACUCCAAACUUGUGGGAAGUUCCUUUCAGAUUCUGUAAGUUUUUUUUAAUUGUUUUCUUAUACAUUAUAUUUUUUGUGUUUGUUGUUUUAAUGUUUGUAUAAAACUAGUUUUAUUAUGUGUUUUAUUUUUGAAUAACGAGUUUUAGUUUAUUUGUUUAAUAACUGGUUUCUUGUGUUGUUUUUUUUUUCCCUGUGUAGCAUAUGAAUGUUGCUUUCUAUUAUCUAAGAAAGAAAGUUAAACAAGAUCAAUCUUUGAACCAAAGGAUAACAACAACUGAUUGUGUGUUUGAUCAGUUGAUUUUCAGCGAAUAUAACAAAUUUUUGGAAAAUCAUUCCAAUCCGAGCACAAUUAAUUUUGAUAGUGUUAUAUCUCGCUAUAUUCUUGGAGAAUAUUUGUUUUCAAAUACUGCUUGGGUUUUCACAGAUCAUGUUCUUAUAAUUGUUCAUGUGAAAGAUAAAUCUCACUCGAUUUUGAUCCAUUUUAGCAUCAAGGACAGGAUGCUUAAUGUUUACAACUCUUUAUCUGGGUUACGCAAUCAGAACAAGGCCUUGCCCCAUGUUAAGGCAUAUUCUGUGAUGUUGCCUUAUUUCUUGGAAUUCCUCAACUUUUAUGCAUCGAGGCCAGAUCUUAGCAUGGAAGCUGGUCCAUAUUCUGUGGGAAUUAGGGAGCCUAUUAAUUAUACCUUCAUUAAGGGGCUGCCUACUCAAAAGAAGAGUGAUUGUGGAGUUUUUGUGAUUAAGUUUGCUGAUUUGUUCAUCAAUGGGAAGAUAAAUGAGAUACCACGAAAUAUGGCUGAUAGGAUUGCAACUUACAGAGAUGAUUUGGCUGUUAGUUUAUUUACUCAUGCUUGGAGGAAACAGAUUGGUGGGUAUCAGACUGAAGAUGAUGUUCAAGUCAGAAAGGAGAAGUCAAAGAAACUAAAGGAGAAGAAAAAUGCUAAAGGCAAAGGGAAAGAAGUUUGAGAAGAGGAUGUUGAUGUUCUAGAGCAGUCUUUUUGUUAAUUUUUUUUAUUUCAUUUAGAUAACUGGUUUUAGUAAUGACAAUGAUACUUAACGGUUUAAAUGUUUUUGUUUCUCUUUUGUUAUCUUGGAUAUAUGUUAAACACACUGUGUUAUGGUUAUUAAUGGAAAUAGAUGUUAUAUCCAAAAAGUGGUUUUUAUAAGUAGUUUUGCGUUAAUUUUUUCAAUUUUUAAAAAUCUAUUUUUGUAGCUAAUUUGUAUUUCAGGUAAAACUGGUUUUAUAAUGUUGUUUAUUAUUUUAUUAGAAAUUUGUGAAGGUAAUUUUUUCACUGGUUAUGUAUUGUGGGUGUUUUUUUUUUUGUUUAUUAAUUUGGUUAUAACUGGUUUUUUGUUUUGUUUAAUGUUGUUUUGUAGGAUAUGGUGUGUUUUGCGAGUACUAGGAGGCACAUAUUAUUCAAAUUUCAAGGUAUCUAUAUUUUGUAAUUUUUAUUGUUGAUGCAUAACCAGUUUCUUUAAUUUUAUUAAUAUUUAUAGUAAAUAUGAUAAUUAUAUAUUAUUUAUCUUGGUAAAAUCUAAAAAAAAUUAUUUUUAAGCUGCCUUAAUAUCAAAAUAUCUAUUUUCCUCUCUAAAAAAAGCAAAUAAAAUAAUAAUAAUAAAAAAAAUCUAGUUUCAAAGCAAUUUUAUCAAAUGUCAUAAUAGCAAAGUAACCAGUUUGUAGCUUUUGUAAUUGUAAUUUUUGAAAGCUACUUUUUUUUCCAAGUGUUUGUUCUAUUACUUAUUGUUGCUUUGUGUCCAUCUUCUGUUUCUUCCGAUUGGUUUGUUUGUAAAUCUGUGGAUUAUUGCAUGUUCGUCGGUUGUGUCCAAGCUGUCCACAUCUUGAGCAUUUCAUUACAACUUUUGCUUCUCCUCUAGAUCUGAUUCUUUUUUUUCUAGGUCUCCCUGAGGUCUUUUUUGUUUUUGGUGGCAUGACAAUCUUCUCCAAGCUCUCAGGUAGUCUCCAUUCACUUUCAUUAGGUAGAGGAUGUACGGUUGUAUCAUAUGUUGCUCUCAUAGUUGAUGUUUUGUAGUAGUCAGCCACAUAGUCAUAAGUUUUUAGUCCUCUUUUAGCAAAAACUGCUAUUGCAUGUGCACAUGGUAUCUGAUCUUGUUGGAACCUUCUACAUGUGCAUGUCUUGUCAAGUAAGUUUAUUGUGAAAUCCCCUUUGUUUACCACUUUUACUUGGUAUAGUAUAGUAGUUAUUGCUUCAACCUGUUUAUAUAUGAAAUUGUAACAAGUAAGAAAAAUUAUAAGCACAUGUUAGUAACUGGUUUUUAUGUAUUAAUAUGUAUUUUCUUUAUAUAUGUAAUAACUGGUUUCUCAACUUAUUAUAAAUAUAGUAUACAUACCUGGUACUUCAUUCCCUUAACAAGAUUAUCUCUAAGUACUGUUUCAGCUUCAACAGAUACUUCUGUGAAUAUUCCAUUAGCUUCAUUUCCAUUCUUCCACACCCAUUUUUGAACUAAACUUCUUAGACAUUCAAUCAUUAAUGUAAUAGGCACUGAUCUUGCAGCUGUGAUUGCAGAAUUGAUUGACUCUGCUAUGUUUGAAGUCAUCAUAGUGUACCUCCUUGUUGGGCAGUGGCUUCUAGUCCAAAUAUGAUGUCCUAUAUUUUCCAAGUAAGGUCUUAUGCGAAUGUCAAAUUUGUCUAUUUCUGACAUGUAAUGCUCAAAUGAGCUGACCCUGUAUGUUUUGGCAGCUUUCACAAAGUUUAUAGUGAGCUCAUCUCCAUGUCCACCAAAGUUUGAUUUGAUGUUGUUAAGCAAGUGGAAUAUGCAAGCUCCAUGAAAGUGGUCCGGGUAAACAUUCUUCACUGUUUUUUCAAUACUUUUAUGUCUGUCUGAUAUUAUUGUUAAUCCUGCAUGUUAAAACUGGUUUUAGUUAUGUAUGACAUAUAUAUAUUUGUAUUAUGUCAGUAACUGGUUUCUUCAACAGGAUUAAAAGUGAUUAAUGAUGAUUUUUUUUAUUGAAUUUGAAUUUUAUUGUAACUUGUUACCAUUC